AAAGGAAAACAUAUAUUAUUUGUCACGUUGCCGCACUACAAUCGCUAUUCAAAACUAAACAUAUCGAUAUAUCGAUAAGACAUAAACAGCCGAAAUUUCUUUUAAAAAAACGGGUAAUUGUCCCAUGUUUUGGUUAUAUAUUUACAAUUACUUUUAAAAUGUCUUACCACGGCAGUAAAGACAAGCGCACUUUUCACGUAGACGUGCGUCUGCAUAGGUUCGGUGGAACCUUCUCUGGCGCUUUUCCAGAGUUCAGCCGUCCUGAGCCUAUUGGAUUCUACAGCGUCAAUGAGGCACGGGAGUUCCAGGACAACGCCAAUAAUUCGUGCUUCUUGCGCCUGCCGCACCCCGGCGAUAUGCCGCUGGAUCUCAAUGCUGGCAUUGAGAAUGUGGAACGCAAGGGUGUUGACCCCGAUUACCAUGAUAUUUACCAGAUCUGCCAGUACAUCUAUAACCAUAAGGAGCUCUUGCGUACGUCGUCUACUGGGCGUCUUGAGCUUCCUGCGGAUUUCGUUACGUUGCGCGGCAUUCUACGCCAGAUAAUGAGCACGCCAUACGAAAGAAAUCGCGACUAUCGGCUUGUGGCAACGCGCUUUAACGGCUCGAUAUACAUAUCCAAAGUCGAGACCAAGGAGCAGCGCAUCGAACGCGAACAAAUGACACGCAAUCAACUGGACUUGUGCUCGUGGGGCUUCAAGUUCGAGCAGUACUGCACAACACAGAUGCCAAACACUGCCCCUAUUACAAACGAGCCAGUAAAUGAGUCCAAAGAGUUUGCCUGCAUCUAUCGGAGCAAACUAAAUGGACUUCGCCUCAUGUACGGCGCCGAGAUGGACUGCAUUAAGAGCAACGUUUAUAUAGAUUUGAAGGACCCAGCUCAGCUGCGUCUGGCCGAGUUUGUGGAGCUUAAGACAACCGCCCACAACAUGACAAAGAAACAGCAGCGCAGCUUUGACAAUUACAAGAGCCUCAACUGGUGGAGCCAGUCGUUUUUGGUUGGCAUCGGCACUAUUAUAGCGGGUUUGCGCGAUAAUAAUGGGCUGGUUCAUGAAAUCAAAGAAUAUAGCGUGCGCGAACUACACCGUCACAAGCCUUGGAGCCCAGCUGCCAUGGCAACAUUCCUGUCAGACUUUCUGCACGAGCUCAGGUCAAUAAUGCAGCGCAUUAACGACUCGCACGCAAUUGUCAUGAUUGACUAUAGUGCGGAUCGAAAUAAGAUUUUCUACUCUGUGUUGCGGGACGCGGAUGUUAAGCCAGUAUUACCCGACUGGUAUCGGCGAAUGAUGCGCGGCAGCGCGCCAUCCUAAACGGCAGCCAGAUUAGCGUUUAGUUUUUAGUGUAAAAGUA